AUGGGUCCCAGGAAAAGCAACGCCCCGAUCGCCAGCUGCGGGCGGAGAGGAGGGGCGCGGCGUCGUGCCUUUGCGCCGGCACACCCGCAGCCAGCAGAGCCCCGCCGCGCCGCGCCGCCGCCCGCCGGAGAGCUGCGCGGCCCCGAUCCGGGGGAGGGGGGCAUGGGGUUCCUCUACGCCCUGCUGCUGCUGGCGGCGGCCGCCUUGCUGGGGGCGGCGGUGCUGGUGCUGGUGGGCAGCAUCUCCUUCGACGCCACCCAUUCCCAGGUCCCCCCGGAGGUGGAGCGGCCGGCGCGGCUGCGGAUCCUGCACGCCCUUCUCAUCGGCGCCGCCGUGGUGGGAAAGAUUUUGGAGAAUCUACAUAUCUGCAGUCAAAUCCAGUUCGUCCGGUAUUGGAGAAAUGGAUGGAAGCAAGGGAAAGACGCCAAACUUUUCAUAAAGGAUAUGAAGUUUAAACAUGUACCUGUCCGGAUUUACCAGCCCAAAGCUCCCUCUGCUGGCCGAAGGAAAGGCGUCGUUUUCUUUCAUGGGGGCGGAUGGAUGUUUGGAAGCAUCCGAGCCUAUGACAAGAUGUGCCGUUACAUCUCCAAAGAAAGCGAAUCGGUGGUUGUGUCGGUGGAGUACCGCCUAGCUCCUGAGCACAAGUAUCCAGCUCAGCUGAAUGACUGCCUCGCUGCCACCACCCACUUCCUCCAGACCGCCGACGACUAUGGAGUGGACAGCACCCGGGUCGUCAUCGCAGGUGACAGUGCCGGGGGCAGCCUCGCCGCUGGGGUAUGCCAAACUUUAGUGGGCAGGCAAGGCUUCCCAAAGGUUUGUGCUCAGAUCCUCAUUUAUCCUGGCCUGCAAGCCAUAGACUUCAACUUGCCUUCGUAUCAGCAAAACCAGGCCGUGCCCAUUUUGUACCGGGAGAAGGCUGCUUUCUACUUUUUGCAGUACCUGAACGGAGAUGCAUCCCUCAUGGAAGAGGUCUUGCGAGGGUCUCACGUCCCCGUGGACCAAAAGCUGCGAUACAGGAAGUGGUUAAGCGCCGACAACAUCCCUAAAGAAUUCAAGGUCAGAGGAUACGUGCCUCCGGUGCCCAUUGCCUGUGACGAUGAGGCCUACGAAGAGCUGAAGAGCGUGUGCACGCCAGAAAUUUCACCACUGAUUGCUGAAGAUACUGUGGUUCGACAGCUGCCUCGGACGUGCAUUGUCACCUGCGAGUAUGAUGUGUUGAGGGAUGACGGACUGCUGUACAAGAAACGAUUAGAGGACAACGGUGUCCCCGUGACCUGGUAUCAUGUUAUCAACGGAUUCCACGGGAUUAUCAGCUUCUUUGAUAAUGGCUGGCUGACUUUUCCGUCGGGGAAACAAGGGCUGGAUAACAUUGUCAGAUUUAUUCAAAGCUUGUAGAAAGGAUAACGCCAAAU